CACCUCGUCCGAGUGUAGACUUUGAAAAGAGCGAAAGUCACACAAACCUCUCUCUCUCUAAUCUUUAUCUCCUCUCUCUCUAUAUAUAUUGAUUGACUCAUCAUCGCAGCCAAUAAUAAUCCAAGCUCCUAUCUCGACUCGGCGAACACCAUGGCGACUCAGUCGGCGCCGCCGUCCAAUUUUUCCGACCAAAAUCCAGUUUCAGAGGUUGCAAAACCAGCAUCCGAGGUCCAUCAAGAUGCCAAGGAUAUUUCUCCACCUUCUGUGUUUGUGAACUCUGAACCAAUUCGUGAGGAUCAAGUGCAGAAUGCUGUCAAAUUUCUUUCACAUCCAAAAGUUAAGGGAUCUCCUGUCAUGUACAGGCGUUCCUUCCUUGAAAGGAAGGGCCUUACGAAGGAGGAGAUAGAUGAAGCCUUUCGUCGUGUGCCUGAUCCAACCCCAACCGUUUCAACGGGUCAGCCAGCUGAAGAUGGGCAGUUGAACUCAUCAAAAAUGCAACAGCAAAGCCCAACUCAAGCUAUACAACCUGCAUCAAAUACUCCUAUUGGUACCGUCUCUAAAGGAGGGACCUCAGCACUAUAUCACCUCGGAUGGCAACAAGCUCUUCUUGCUGUAGGUUUACUGGCGAUAUCAGGUGCUGGAACAGCUCUAGUCUUUAAGAAAGCUAUUGUUCCAAGGCUAAAGUCUUGGAUUCGCAAGGUUGUGUCAGAAGAAGAUGAGGAUCUUGCGAAUAAAACAAAUUCAAAACCGAGCUUGGCAGAAGAAGCUGCUGCUGCUGCCAAAUCUGCGGCGGCCGCCGCCGCUGACGUGGCACGGGCUAGUCAGGACAUGUUGAUCUCAAAAAAUGGAGAGAAGCAAUACUUUGAGGAACUUAUGAGUCUGCUAGGAGUGCAAGUUCAGGAAAUGAAAUCAAUGAGUAAUGCUAUAAGAAAUUUGGAAGGAAAAACUAGUAUUUCUGGGCAAGAAGAUCACGGAUUCUCUCUCAAUAAUUCAAAGCCACCAUAUGCAAACGGCAAGUCAGACUUCACUCCGAGCUCAGCAAGACCUGUGUCUCCGCCUGCAUCUGUGGAACCAUCUGGCGCACCACCUCACCCAAAGUCCUAUAUGGAGAUCAUGGCUAUGGUUCAAAGAGGAGAAAGACCUUCUAAUAUCAGAGACGUCAAUGAUCUUCCACCAAAUCCGAAUCAGCCAGUACCAACUCCUAGUUUAGCACCGAGACCAAAGCCAUGGGAAGUUGGGCAGGUGCAGAACAGUUCAAACCAAGCUCUUCAAUCUCAAGAUAAUGGAUUUACUCAGAUGAAUGGGAACAAUUCAGCACCCUGGUGGCAACAAAAACAAUCAAACAAUGUGAGAAUUAAUGAUAUAGAAUCUGUAGAUGAAUAUAGUGCUGGAUCUUCUGGUGCACAAACUAUUGAUCGACCCAUUCAGCGCUCUUGGGUUCCUCCUCAGCCUCCUCCAGUUGCGAUGGCAGAAGCGGCAGCAGCAAUCAGACAGCCAAAAAAAUCCACAUUUCAGAGUGAACCAUUAACCGACGAUCAGUUUCUUGCUCGUUCUUCAGAACUGACGAAUGAAUUGCAGAGGGUCACAAAAAUAUCUGAAUCAGGAGGCAUAACAGAGGCCAAUGGUGAGAGCUAUGUGCCGAAUACAGAAAUACAAACAGAAGAAAGCAACUCUUACGUCGAGGCCUAAAUGAAGAACUGGAGGACAGGGGAGGGGGUUGCGGGUUUAUAAAUAAUCUCGACAUCUGGGAUUCAAGGUAUUGUUUGUAUGGCUUGUAGUUUGGUAAUAAUUACUUGAGAACAUGUCUGGGUACCCUUGUUGCACAAUGGUAUAAGCUAUUCAUAUGAUAUGGAAGUGAAUGCGAAGUACUAUAAGGAAAUAAUGCUAAUCAUUUUGACUUGUUCCGAUUUCAUCUUUUAAAAUGAUUAAUUCAUUGAUGAGCAAGAUGCUGAUCAAUGUCUAGUUGUUGCA